AUGGCGAAAAAAUCAAAGAAGAAUCAACAGAAUUACUGGGACGAAGAGUAUGAGGAAGAUGUUCCUCAAGAAUCUUCAGUAGAACCCUCGAUAGAUGGUUCUGUUGAGCCAAGUGGUGAAACCGAAGUUGCCGAUGCAUCUGCCAUUGAGGAAGAUUUUAUGUCCACUUUGAAGAAAUCUAAGAAGAAGCUGGACAAGAAGGAAGACGAGGAUACUAAGAAGCCAGUCUUGAAGUCCAAGAAGGAAAAGGAAAAGGAAAAGAAGGAGAAGGAGAAGGAGAAGAAGAGGGAACAAGCCGCAAAGAAGAAGGCUCAGCAACAAGCGCAGAAGGAAAACAACAAGAAACUUCAUGCUGAACAAACUUCUAAACUGAAGGCUGAAAAGGAGGCUGGCAAGUCCACUGAAGGUGCGGCACCAAAGGCUGCACCAAAGAAGAAGGUCCCAGCCGGUCUUGCUGCUUUGAAACGUCAAUUGGAGUUACAAAAGCAGCUAGAAGAAGAAGAAAGGUUGGCCAGGGAAGAAGAAGAGAGAUUGGAGAAGGAAGAAGAAGAAAAGUUGGCCAAGGCUGAACAAGAAAAGGAAGAAGCUAGAAAGGCUAAGCGUGAGAGAGAACAAGCUAAGCGUGAAAAGUUAAAGGCAGAGGGUAAACUUCUAACUAAGAAACAAAAGGAGGAAAAGAAACUGCUUGAAAACAGACGUGCUGCUCUAUUGGCUGCCGGUAACAUCAAGGUUGCUGGUCUAGAAAAAUCCGGCGAUGAGCAUCCAAAACCAAAGAAGGUUGUUUACGGUAAAAGAGUCAGAAAGACCAAGGAACAAAUCGAGUCCGAAAAGGCAAUCGAAGAAGAGAAGAAGAAAGCUACUGAAACUCAAGAAGUCGAAGAAGAAGAGGAAGCGUUGAUUGAUGACUGGGAGAAUUUGGCUCUUGACGAUGAACCUGAAGAACAAGAAGGAAAAGAAGAAACAAGUGAAAAAGAGCAAUAUUCUGGUUCUGAAACUUCUAAUGCUACUACUCCAGCUCCGGAAUUAUCCACUGAAGUUACCAAAAACUAUGCUUCUCAACCAAUCCCUUCCAAGAGAUCUGCAGCAGCAGCAAAGAAAGAUCUUCGUUCUCCAAUCUGCUGUAUCUUGGGUCAUGUCGAUACUGGUAAAACCAAGUUGUUAGAUAAGAUUAGACAAACCAACGUUCAAGGCGGUGAAGCUGGUGGUAUUACCCAACAAAUCGGUGCCACUUAUUUCCCAAUUGACGCUAUUGAACAAAAAACCGCAGUUAUGGCUAAGUAUGAAGAACAAACCUUCGAUGUCCCAGGUUUGUUAGUCAUUGAUACACCAGGUCACGAAUCUUUUACCAACUUGCGUUCCAGAGGUUCCUCUUUGUGUAACAUCGCCAUCUUAGUUAUUGAUAUCAUGCAUGGUUUAGAACAACAAACCAUUGAAUCCAUCAGAUUAUUGAGAGACAGAAAGGCUCCUUUCAUCGUUGCCUUGAAUAAGAUCGAUAGAUUGUACGACUGGGUAAUUACACCAAACAACUCUUUCAGAGACUCCUUUGACAAACAAGAACGAGCAGUUAAGCAAGAGUUCCAAACUAGACUUGACAACAUCAAAGUCGCUCUUGCUGAACAAGGUUUGAACUCAGAAUUGUAUUUCCAAAACAACAACCUAGCCAAAUACGUCUCUAUUGUUCCAACAUCUGCCGUUACAGGUGAAGGUGUUCCUGAUUUGUUGUGGUUGCUAUUAGAAUUGACUCAAAAGAGAAUGUCUAAGCAAUUGAAAUAUUUGUCUCACGUUGAAGCUACAAUUCUUGAAGUGAAGGUUGUUGAAGGUUUCGGUACCACUAUCGAUGUUAUUCUAUCUAAUGGUUACUUAAGAGAGGGUGACAGAAUCGUUUUAUGUGGUAUGAACGGUCCGAUUGUGACGAAUAUCAGAGCCUUGUUGACACCUCAACCCUUACGUGAGUUACGUUUGAAGUCUGAAUAUCAACAUCACAAAGAAGUCAAGGCUGCUCUAGGUGUAAAAAUUGCUGCAAAUGAUUUGGAAAAGGCUGUUUCUGGUUCCCGAUUAUUAGUUGUAGGUCCAGACGAUGAUGAAGAAGAAAUGAUGGAUGACGUCAUGGAAGAUUUGACUGGUCUUUUAGACUCUGUGGAUACUUCUGGUAGAGGUGUUGUUGUUCAAGCUUCUACAUUGGGUUCAUUAGAAGCUUUAUUAGACUUCUUAAAAGACAUGAAAAUUCCUGUUAUGUCUGUCGGAUUAGGUCCUGUUUACAAGCGUGAUAUAAUGAAGGCUUGUACUAUGUUAGAAAAAGCUCCUGAAUUAGCGGUUAUGCUAUGCUUUGAUGUCAAGGUUGAUAAGGAAGCAGAACAAUAUGCUGCAGAACAACAUAUCAAAAUUUUCAAUGCUGAUAUUAUUUACCAUUUAUUCGAUGCCUUCACAGCCUACCAGAAGGAACUACUUGAAAAGCGUCGUGCUGAGUUUAUCGGUGACGCUACCUUCCCAUGCGUCCUGAACACUCUACAAAUCAUUAACAAGCGUGGCCCUAUGAUCAUUGGUGUGGAUGUCAUUGAAGGUUCAUUGAAGAUCGGUACUCCUAUCUGUGCAGUGAAAUAUGACCCAGCAACAAAGGAGAGAAUAACAUUGUUGCUUGGUAGAGUCACUUCCUUGGAAAUCAAUCACCAAUCUGUGACUGAAGUCAAGAAGGGUCAAACCAAUGCAGGUGUUGCAAUGCGUUUAGAAGAUCCUUCCGGUCAGCAACCAAUCUGGGGUCGUCAUGUUGAUGAAAAAGAUACAUUGUAUUCUCACAUCACUAGAAGGUCCAUUGAUACAUUGAAAGAUCCUGCUUUCAGAGAUCAAGUUCCAAAAUCUGAUUGGAUGUUGAUUCGUAAACUAAAGCCAGUCUUUGGAAUCGAAUAG